AUGUCCAGCGGCCCUGGAGGAGGAGGAGGAGGCGGGAGCGGGCAGCAGCAGCAGCAACAUAACACCAGCAGCAACAACGGUGGCACGACAGCAGCAACAUUGAGCAGCAACAGCAACAGCAGGAGCAACACGCCAGGAACGUCAGCAUCAUCGUCUGGAAAUGGAACAGGAGCAACAUCUACACUCCAGCGACGCAUCCUGCGCGGUCAUGCGGCGCAGACAACCAGCGGCGAGCGUGUCCUGCUCAUUAACUACGUGCCACAAUCGGGAGCUGGAUCGGGAGCAACAGCAACCGCAUCCACCCAGAGUACGUCCCAAUUGCCCACCCGUAAAAUUCUCCAGGCCAGAGCCUCGGCAGCAGCAGCAGCAGCAUCUUUGGGAGGAGGAGCAGUAGCUACAUCAUCCUCGCCACCAUCCACACCAGCUGUCUCGUUUGCCGGACUGGGCUCCGAGGUGACCGUCACCUUGACGCGCACAAAUCAGCGCGCCAGCGUGACCAGUGUCACAGCCGCCGGUCAUAUUGUUCGAAAUCAGCAAGCCACCACCUAUCACCAGAGCACAAACACAGCCACCACAGCAUCGACCUCGAGCGGCGCGUCGGCGAUACACGAGCACAUAGCCACGUCGACGUCGCCGCCGCCACUGGUCUUCACCCAUCAGCCACAUCAUCACCACAGCCAACAGCAGCAGCAACAUGAGUAUCACCAAGAUCACCAGCUGGUGGAUCACCAUCAUUUGGAUCAAGAUCACAUAAUCAUAGAUCAUCAUCAGCAGACGGAGGAUGAUCAGUUGAUCGAGUACGAUGAUGGCGGAACGAUUGAGGAGCAGCAUCAUCAGCUGCAAUUGCAGGAGGACCUACACGAUCCCCAGCAGCAGCAACAUCAUGACGUUGUCCAAGAAGUGUAUCUCCAGUAAGAGAGAUUAGCGUUAAGCAUUAGCGAAAUAAGUUUUAGCCAUUCUAUGAACAAUUUUGGGUCGCCCAAAAUGUGUGCAAGCAGUAAAUCGAAUUUGACAAAGCUUUAAUU